AUGGCGAGUAGGAAUUGGGAACAGAGGAGGCUAGCGUGGAGUGGGAGAGCUGAAGGGCGUUCUUUGGUCCAGAAUUUAUUUGCCAUGAUGAUUGGAACGGAAGGAUAUCCAAAAAGUGGAACUAAAUCGUUCCACCGCACGCAGUGCAAUGAGCAAAAGCCGUCAUGUGACAAGUGCAUAUCUCGUGAUACCACCUGCACGUAUCUCCCAUCAACAAGACUAGUCUGGGUACGAGUACCUGAAGAAGCCACCACUUCUCAUUCUUUCACUUCCAAUAGUGCAUCACACCAACCCAGCAACGAAAGCUCGCCGUCUCACGAAUCCUCUCCUCUGCAUGACCCAAGGCUAUGCAGUACACCCGUCACUCCAGCACCUCUAAGCCUCGAAGGCAUCGAUCUAAUGAUCCACUGGUUCACAAUAACAGUGCAUACCGUCGUCGCCACCUCUGGCCCUAACGCCGCAGCCCUCGAGCUCUGCCAAACCGUAAUCCUCACGCAAGCCCAGAAGCACCACUUCCUUCUGCACGGCUUGCUCGCCCUCUCCGCGCUCCACCUAGCAGACACGCAAACCAACCUAACCGAAAGAGAAAGAUACACUAGACUCGCAACGGCGCACCACAACCAAGGCCUCGCAUUGUACCACUCCAUCCUGGAACAUUUGGAGGAGUGGAACUAUGCUGCGAGUAUUGCAUUCUCGAGCCUCACGGCGAUGUUUGCGUUCGGACUUUAUAGACCCGGCGAGGAGGCGGCAAUCGAGGUGAUCGAUGACUUGUGCCAGAUUUUUCUGCUUGCGAAGGGGUGGGGUGAGGUUGUGGGCGUGGCCGAUAGACUUGACUGUACCGUAGGCCUUCUACCUUUAGAACCGAAGCCAGGGGAAUCCGACUGCCUUGACGAGGAAACGGAGCGUGUGUUUGAGCGGUUGCAUGAACUGAACAGUACACGUAGUAGGGAGGGUGAUGUUGAGGCUUACACGCUUGCGAUUGAUUCGCUGAAAUAUGUGUUUAGGGAAAUAAGUGGUAUGGAGAGCGGGACGGAUCCUCAUAUAUCGAUGGCUUGGACGGCUGUCUUGCCUGAGAAGUGCAUUCGUUUGUUCAGGGAGAGGCAGGGUUUAGCGCUUGUGUUGCUGGCGUAUUAUUGCGUGGUGCUGGAGAGGGCGCCGAGGGUUUGGUGGUUACGAGGAUGGAGUAAAGGUCUUCUAAAGGUUAUUAAAGAAAAUAUCGGACUGGGGUAUCAGGACGAGUUGAAAUGGGCGGAGGAUCGUGUGGUAUAA